AUGCGCGCGGGCAUUAUUAUGGAUUACUUUAGUUUGCUUGGGUUUGGCGACAUGGGGAAGAGGCGACACCCGUCCUUCAUCUUCUUCGCGAAGACCAAGUACGCCUGGAGCGCUUCGACUUGUGUCGCGUACGUCUUCUCGCGGUUCAUCCACAUCUUCAGGUACUUGUCCGAACUCAGGUCCUUGAGCGCGGCAUACCACUGCCGGUCCUUGGAUGUCUGUCGACACACGACUGCGAGGUUCUUGCCGCCGAGUCCCGUCACGCCGCUUACUAGCUUUAGGCACGAGGCCUUCAGCUCGGUGAUCUCGUCCGAAGGCUUCUCCUUUGGCGACUCGUCGUCGGUCGAGCCAUCGGAUGACGAGCUGCUCGCGAUUCUAGAGAAGAAACUUGAGCGCACGGGUGUAGAGGGGACGCUCUUCGUCGCCGCGGGUUUCGAAGGCGUCUUCUUCGAGGAAGGGACGGUUUUCGCUGAUUCGGUUCGCGACGGCUUCGGUCUUGAUGGCGCGUCCUUUUCCUUGUCUUUCGACGAGCCGCUCUUCGAUGUCUUCGUUUUCGGCGACUUGGGCGGUUCCGUCUUCGAUCGCGACAGCUUCGGCGGCGCGCUGUCUGGGAACGCGCCGAUGGGAGCUUUUGGCGAAGUUUUCGCAGGCGCAGGUUUGGACGCGGCAGGUUUCGAGGAUGAUGCCUUUGGUGAUGUGGGUUUUGACGGAGCGAUUUUCGGCGAAGGAGGUUUAGAUUGGGCAGCAGCUUUGGGCGGAGCAGCCUUUGGGAUGAUGACCUUGGGCGGCGGCGAGUUGAUCUGCGCGGCCGGCGGUUGUGCGGUCAAUUGCCCAUUCGCUAUUUGUCUCGCGCGUUCCUUGACACUGAGAAACAUGUUGAAAAGCGAUAUAGAUCGAUUUGUUAUCAAGCAAUGUUGA